GGGGCACCGUCGCCCCGCGCCCUGGCUCAUAUAUAAUAUUUAUAAGAAGAAGAUCAUCUCUGUCGCCUUCAUCAAUGUGAAUGUUGAUGCAGAAGCACUAGUGAGUGCAAGAACUUCUUCCAAUCUACCUAUAAAGAUCUUGUUCAACAACCCCCCACGAGCAAGACGCAUCAUGAUGGUAAUUAGCAGAUCCAUAGAUGAAUUGUAGAUUAGAGAUCGCCAACAUGUUAUAUUUUUGCAGGAAAGUUUACGAGUUGUGAG